GAACUCUGCCGUCGCUGCGCCGAGGAGGAAGACCUUGAACUUCCGCCGCCGCCGCCGCCGUCGUCUUCUGAACGAUAUGUCUGUUCGGUCUCCGCCCUUGGAAGCUGGCUUGUGAGUCUUCAGUGGUGAAGUGAAGAAGAAGGAAUAACAGUGGUCGUCGUCUGGUCUUUGUCUAAUCGCCGUUGUCUGGCCACCGUCGCGCUCAACUUCUCUCCGUCAUUGUCUGCCCAGACUACUAAGUUCGAAGGUCCUAAUGGAGUAAUGGUUAUGUUUGGUGGCUGGAAAGUUUGUCUCUGCUUUGUAUGUUGCAGCAGUGAAAGCUAAUUCAGUUGAAAAGGUGCAGUCUGAGAUUUUUCAGUUUGUUGAGUCAGUGAUUGAAAAUAUGAUCCGCUCACAGCUUCUGCAUCAAAAUUUUGAACAAUAAGCCAUUUAUCCCUACAAUCUUUCAGCCCCAAUUUGGAAACCCUAGCAAAAAGCUUCAACAAGACACCUUCCUUCCCAGCCAUGUCCAAGGCACCACAAGAGGGAGACUCUGCUCUCAAAUCCUCACCUGAACCUAGCAAUCAUGAGGAACUUAAAGAUGGAGAGCGAAAAGUGAUCGUGGAGAGUGGAGAGAAGGAGGAAGUAAUGAACGAGAUAUCAGAUAAUUCUGAUUCUGAUUCAGAUGAUGAGGCUCAGCAGAACCUCCAGCUCCAAUCCCUAGAAGCUGGGCUUACUGCUAAUCCCUACAACUAUGAUUCUCACUCGCAGUAUAUAAAGCUUCUGAGGAAAAUGGGUGACGUUGAGAAAUUGAGAGCAGCAAGGGAAGCUAUGAGUGAACUCUUUCCGUUGAGCCCUGCAAUGUGGCAAGAAUGGAUCAAAGAUGAACUCUCUCUCAACACUGAUUCGCAGGAUUCUUCCUCUGUGAUUGUGAAGCUUUACGAGCGUGCCGUGUUCGAUUAUAUGUCUGUGUCUCUUUGGUGUGACUACAUCAAUUUCGUGCAAGAGUUUGACCCAAUUGUACGGCAAUGUUCGCCAGCCGGUAUUUCCAAGGCAAGGGAUCUUUUUGAGGGAGCACUUACCGCGGCCGGUUUGCAUGUUGCUGAAGGUAGCAAAAUAUGGGAAGCAUAUAGGCAAUAUGAGCAGGCUAUAUUCCUAACGAUUGAUGAAACUGAUACACAGGCGAAAGAGAAACAAGUUCAACGCAUUCGAGGUUUAUUUCAUCGGCAAUUAUCUGUUCCUCUUGCUGAUAUGAGUUCAACAUUUACAGACUAUAAGACUUGGGAGGAGGAACAAGGAAGUGUUCAGGAUCCUAAUAUUGUAUCCGCAUACCAAAAGGCCUUGGAGAUGUAUAAUGCUCGUGGUCAUUUUGAAGAACAUGUUACUAGAUUGGAUUCACCUGAUUCAGAAAGACUACAACACUACUUGAGCUAUUUGAAAUUUGAGGAAACUUCUGGAACACCUGCGAGAGUUCAAGUUCUGUAUGAACGAGCCAUCACGGACUUUCCUAUAUCACCUGAUCUCUGGCUUGGCUACACUCGAUACAUGGACAAGACUUUGAAGGUUGGUAGUGUUGUCAGCAACAUUUAUUUCAGGGCCACUAAGAACUGUCCUUGGGUUGGGGAACUUUGGGUAAGAUAUCUGCUUUGUAUGGAGCGCAGUCAUGCUUCUGAGAAAGAGUUGGCCGAAGUCUUUGAGAAGUCCUUGCGAUGCACCUUUUCAACUCUUGAUGAGUAUCUUGAUUUGUUUCUCACUCGGAUAGAUGGCUUAAGGCGAAGAAUGGCAUCCACUGGUGAAGAGGAUCAGCUGGAAUACACAAAAAUAAGGGAGGUCUUCCAGCAGGCAUCAGAUUACCUGUCGCCACAGUUGAAGAAUACAGAGGGUUUGCUGCACUUGCAUGCUUAUUGGGCCCGUUUAGAGGCAAAACUUGGAAAAGACAUAACUGUGGCACGUGGAGUUUGGGAGAAUUUUCUUAAGAUAUGUGGAUCAAUGUUGGAGGCAUGGAAAAGUUAUAUAGCAAUGGAAGUUGAAUUAGGUCACAUAAACGAGGCGAGGUCCAUAUACAGGAGAUGCUACAGUAAAAGGUUUUCUGGAACUGGUUCAGAGGAUAUAUGCGACUCGUGGUUGCGCUUCGAGAGGGAGUUUGGCAAGCUCGAAGAUUUUGAUCAUGCUUUACAAAAGGUUACUCCUCGUCUGGAACAGCUAUAGUCGUAGGAAAAAUGCUCACGACAAGAGAAAGCUUGGGUCUGACAUUAGCAAAGAACAGACUCCUGCCAAGCGACCAAGAGGUGUUGAUAGAGUGGCAGAGAAAACACAUGUGGAAAAUAAACAUCAUGGGCAGAAUUCUUCUCAGGAGACAAAACUGGAAGAUGUCAAUUCAAGGAAUAACAAAUCUGAUGACAACCUUCCCCCAAAAGAAAGCAAGACAUACUCUGACCAGUGCACUGCUUUUAUUUCAAAUCUUCAUGUUAAAGCAAACUAUGAACAUGUCCGUAAUUUCUUCAGUGAUGUCGGUGGAGUUGUUGCCAUUCGUAUCUUGAAUGACAAUUUCACUGGAAAAUCAAGGGGACUGGCAUAUGUGGACUUCUUGGAUGAUGAGCACCUUGCUGCAGGUUUAGCUAAGAACAAGCAGAAGUUACUCGGGAAGAGGUUAAGUAUUCUUCGAUCUGAUCCAAAGCGUGGGAAAAUGAAGUCUUCUGCUCCAAAAUCCUUAAAAGAACAUGCAGAUGCUCCGGAUCAUUCCAGUCGAAAAGGUUCCAUGUCCAAAGAAACCGGUGAUACUUCCAAGGUAUCAGAUGUAAAGGAUGAGGGGAUCUCUUCUAGAAAGCCAAGGAAGAAUACUUUUGCUAUGCCUAGAAAUGUCAAACUGCAUGGUGUCGCUGCAAAUAGAUCAAAAACAGAAGAAGACGAUGAAAAGCCAAAAUCCAAUGAUGAAUUCAGAAAAAUGUUUAUCCAUUAAGGGUAAUCCUGAAUGUGGUGCCAAUACUUUGUAACUCUGAGGAUAGCAGUUAUCUCUGAGAUGUAUUUGGGUAGAAAGUAUGCAAGUUACCUGUCUUGUAUGUCACUUUGUUCUUUUGCGUAGUAGUAAAAGAGUACCAAUUACUUAUAGGCAUCCUAUCCUAUCCUAUAACUACACUUGAAAUUGAUCUUCAUUUUCAAGGCGUUCCUGGUGUACGUUCUUUUGAUUUUGAAAUUUGAAGUUUAAAUAUAUAUAAGCCUAUCAAACAUUCAAACCA